CUCCAGGCUGCGUGCAGUGAAUUGAAGUGAAAGAAAGAAACAUUAACAGCGGGAGGAGACUCUGCAGGAGGGGAAAAGGAGGUGGUGUGAAGGACGGUGUCUCGCAUAGUAUUUAUAGCUGGCGGGAUGAGGAGAUAAGACGAGAGAAGGUAGGGAGGUAGCAGCCAGACACAAUACGAGAAAAAGGAAGAGAAGAGGACAAAGAGAUGAUGCUGAGGAGGAAGAGGAGUGUGUCGUUUGGAGGCUUCGGCUGGAUUGACAAGUCUUCCGUCAGUGCCCUGAGAGCUCGCAAACAGGAGCUCCAGGCUAACUCCAAUGCUGCUGACUCCGAUUGUCCACCCUCACCUCCCCGCACGGCACCCCCCACUACCAAGUCAGCUCAUUUCUUUGACAUGAUGGACAAGAUGGAGCAGGUUCCGGAAGCUGCUGAGAUGAAGGCCGUCCAUCCGAGGCAGAAGGCUGACUACAUCCCUUAUCCCAGGAUAGAGGAGGUGUUGGAGAAGGGAGGACCAUACCCACAGAUCAUCCUCCCCCAGUUUGGAGGUUACUGGAUCGAGGACCCUGAGGAACCUCCCCCACCUUUACCUCCCCCUGCCUCCCAAGUGGCCACCGCGGAUGACGAGCAAGAAGGAGGAAGAAGAGGAAGAGUGGCCCAGGAUAAUGCAGACUGCAGAUAUCGCCUGGAGGAGACCAACGAGGCCGCAAGGGCGUACAGGAAGUACUUCUUGGGGAAGGAACAUUUAAACUUCUCGUGUCCAUCCAGCAGUGUAGGAAAUGUGCUGUUGUCUGUCAGGCAUGAAGAGGAGAAUCAGCAGGAACACCUUCAUGUCAUCGUCAGAUCCCGGGUGAAGACAAUCUAUCAGAGACUGUCAGUGACGGAGUUGCCUGAUAUUCCAAGCGUACAAGAGUUGGCUAAGCUGAUGUGUGACGACGCAGCUGGUCUCCGUUUCAGUCCCGUCCUCUACCCGAAGGCGUCUCAGCUAAUUGUCAACUAUGACGAACAUGAGGUCAACAGCACGUUCAAGUUUGGAGUCAUUUUCCAAUGCUUUGGACAGGUUUCUGAGGAGGAGCUGUUCAGGAACAAUGAGGAAACACCGGCGUUCCAAGAGUUCCUGCAGCUGCUUGGUGACACUGUGGAGCUGCAGGACUUUAAAGGGUUUCGGGGGGGUCUGGAUGUGUCUCAUGGCCAGACCGGUUCUCAGUCCGUGUACACGGUCUAUAGACAGCAGGAGGUCAUGUUCCACGUCUCUACCAAGCUGCCCUUCACUGAGGGAGACACCCAGCAGCUCCAGAGGAAACGUCACAUAGGGAACGACAUCGUCGCCGUGGUUUUCCAGGAGGAGGCGACCCCCUUCGUGCCGGACAUGAUCGCCUCCAACUUUUUACACGCCUUCGUCCUAGUGCAGGUGGAGGAGUCCUGUUCGGAGAACACCACCUACAAGGUGUCUGUUACAGCACGAGAGGAUGUACCGCCAUUUGGCCCACCUCUUCCAAACCCAUCUGUUUUUAAGAAGGGUCCAGAGUUUCGGGAGUUUCUGCUCACAAAACUCAUUAAUGCCGAGCUGGCCUGUUACAAGAGCAUCCGCUUUGCCCGACUGGAGGAGCGGACCAGGGCUGCCCUGCUGGACACCCUCCACGACGAGCUACAGAGGCGCUCUCAGAGAAUGCUGGGGUUGACGUCCACUCUUGAUGAGGAGGCACGGGCUGAAAAUGGACAUACCCACGGAGGUUUGCUGGAAUCCAUCAAGAGGGCAAUGCGAGGGCGAAGCGUGUCAAUGGAGACAAUGUCAAGGGGUGGCGGGGGGCUCCCCACCAGUUUGAGUGGCGGGGGUUUGGCACACAUCAGCGCUGAGUGUAAUGUAAAAUCUCCGGUGAAACGACGAUCAGGUCUGUUCCCUCGGUUGUUGAGUAUCGACAGUCAAACAGACAAGCACAGCCAGAGAGGUUUCCUCAGUGACCAGAAGAGCUUCGAUGGGUGCCAGCCAAUGUUGGAGGUGAAGUCAGAGCUGCCGUCCAAUCCCAGCUCUCCAGAGGCGGGGCAACGAGACAGAAAUUGCAUGAAAAAGGAUAGCAGUAAAAUUUCCAGAUCCACUUCUAGCACGUGCAGCUUCAGCCUCCCCACAGAUGAUACUCACCUGGUCGUCCAUGCUGUGACAGUAGAGGGUCAAGGAUCAAGUCCGCUCACCGUCUGUCGAAGCCCCACAGAGAUGAAAAACAAAAACUCACCGCGAUCCAACCUCAAGUUUCGUUUUGACAAGCUGAGCCACUCUGCUGCACAGGGACACUAGACUGCAAAGACAAGGAAAAGGUACGGUAUGUGUUGAAUCAGCUACAACUGCAACCACCGUCACUGAAGAGGGCUACGAAAUGGCAUUGAGACGUUUGCUACGUGGCCUCAAUCAUUCCCAACUGCUCUCUUCAUCACUUAUGAUUAUGAUGGGUUCGCACAUUGUGAUUCAUCCCCAUGAGAAUGGCGAAUGAAUGUGUUGGAUUCGUUGAAAUAACCCUAAUGAUGUCACAGCACCACCACUGGCUUGGAGGUGAGUAACUGUUUACAAAAGGGUCAGGCUCACGCAAGGACACUAUUCACCUGAGUCCAGGGAAAUGUACGGGCAUUAAAUACCAAGAUGAGCUAAUUCCAUCAUUCUGCUCUUCUUUUAAAGUCUUUCCUGUUCGUUUUCCAGAUGUAUGGUACAAUAAUGCCCAAAUACUGCAGUAUCAGCACCUUAAAAUCUGAUUUGAUCAGUUCAACUGAAAAUCUGUUGGAACACUUUAGUCGACGGUAGUAGUAACGCCGCCAUAGAUGGUUUCAGUCAAGUGAAAAAUCAGGGAUAGGACCGAAUGCGGGUGAAUACUGAAAAAUGUAUUUUUGUGUGGAAUAGAAGCAACUAAAAUUGACAUGCCGCACUUUCCCCUGCAAUAUAAUUACACAUUUUUGUUGCUCAGAAAUUAAAUGUACUUAUACCUCCUGGAACAAGACUUGUAAUCAGAAUUUUGAACAUUUCUACAUCUCGCUACACUUGCAUUAAACAUGGACCCUUUAUUUUAAAUCAGCUUGUUUGACACUAUGUUGUAACUUGUGCAAAAAAACCUACAAAUGGAAUUGCCAUUUGAAGCAAAAAACUACCGUAAUUGGUUUGGUGCAGUAUGUUUGUUUUAAAGGAAAGCUGGUUCCCGUAGGCAGAUAUGUGCUUUUUAAAAUGAAACGACAUAACUAAUUAUUUAUUACAAAAUAUUUUUUGUUACCCCGGUUCGAUAACCGCUGGUCUAAACAUCAAAAAUGUACACAACUAUGUCUUUGCACUGAAAGCACAAUGUUCCUCAUGUAUUAUGUUCCUGCAUUCUCUCCCAAGCAUUUCUGUGUACAAAGAGGAUGAGCAAAUGUAGCAUGUUUGUUUGUCUCGUGUCCCUUCAUCUGGCUUGAGAUUGUUAUAAUUUGUGUUCCUUUCAAUAAAAAUGUUCAUGUUUGUUUCCAUGAA